UUUUGUUUUGUUUUUGAUGCGAUGCGUACCCAAUGCGUUCAUGCGUUUCACUUUCACGGGCGCAAAUAUUGACAUCAUUAACAUAGCACACGUGUGCACUGCUAUAGGCAAAGCUUGGUGCAAGUAAUGACGCGCAUGUGCAGGCGCCUUUAUUGUUUAAAUGUGCUCUGUGCAAUGACUGCUCCAGCUCCAAUCAAGGGAUUGGAUCCACUCGUUACGCCAAAUUUCAGCCGAAUUACUCCUGAACCUUUUCGUUUCUGAACAUGAUUCGAUGCAGUAGGUGACAGAUUUCAAUAAGCAUAAAAGCCAGUUAAGUCGUUUAGUGACGAAUGUAGGAAUUUAUUCGGGGAUUGGCAAAGAAUGGAAGGGACGUCCUCAGGCAAACGCGAACAUGCAAUUGUGAUAUAUUAAUUUUCAGUGAGAAUUUUUGGAUUUUCAAGAUCGUCAAUUUAACGUCGAGAGCAGCGGAAGAAUUGGAGAAACGAAGGUAUCUCAAAUAUUGAACAGGUAAGGGCUUUUCGAGCACAAAGACACACCCCCUCUCAAUCCACAACUGUCGUGGAACAUCAACAAUUAUUUCUUAGUAACCAUUAUGCAAAAAAAGACCGAUGAUUUUCCCUCUGUUUCACCCUGUGAUUAUGUGACAGACUUGAAGUGGCUUGUGCAAUCUAAUACCGAUAUUAGCUGGAGAUGAAAGUAUUUUUGUAAAAUUAACGACUUUUAAACGAAUGAACCUUUUGUUGCAGUAAUACAGUUGCUUGUUUCGUCUUGGGUCAGUAGGUUAGUACCAGUUUCGUUUUGGUAAGCAUGAUAUUACUUUCUUUGCCUAUCACACCUGCGAAAUUUCUAAUGGUUGAUUGAUCGGUUCACAGUAUGGUUAGGGGGAUCCGUUGCAUGCUUGCAUGUGAUCCACCUGCAGCUGGUCAGUUGGUCAAGAUCAGAUCUGGUCGGCCAGCAAUAAGCCUUCAUUGUUAAAUCCCUGUCUGAGUUGAUGCUGUUCGGUUUACAAAAUACAGUAACUGCAGAGUUUGGACAUAUAGGCUAGUAGAAAAAGAGCGGCAGGUUGAAGAGCCAGUACUCAUGUAACUCCUUAGGGUAGCCUCUAGUUACCGUAGAGUGCUCGCUCAUUUGGUCGAUUGACACAGUUUUGCGAGAAAUACGUUUCCAGUCAGUGCUGAAAAUAUUCUAUGUCUAACACUAGUAUAGCCUUGCAACAAAAUUGAGGACCUUAGGACUGAAUCGUGUAAAAAUACCAUUACUGUUUUACACAAAAAACUUCAAAAAGGUGAUUAAUAAGUGCGUAACCGAGGGCAAAUUACUGGAUUUUAACACUGAAAUUCAAAUUUUGUCAGAAGUUUAUUGCCAGACAUUUUAAUGGGGUGCAUCACAAUACACAUCAGAUGGGCCUAAAAUGAACCGGUCACCGAGUUCCUCAUCAUAAACUAGCCUUAAGUAUUGUCCUUAACCGAGAAACGAAACCAUGCCAGGCUGUCAUCCAGGAAGCAGGUUUCUCGACAUACACAUAUCUGUAAUCCGGUUCUCAAAGUCAACCCGAUUCAGUCUGCACGAGAGCUACAAAAGCAAAUGGUAAUUGCGCACUUCCCAGAUACGAGCCGAUGGUCAUUAUCGAGUGGAGGCCCGCUGUGUAGGCAGUCUUGUGGUCUUGCGAGCUGUGUAGUUUUUCUCUGCGAAGCACCGUGUUGCGUGAAUGGGAUUACUAAAAACGGUCCACCGCUGGAUUUUUUGUUCACUUCCAGUGCAAUCAGCAUCACGUAAUCGUAUUUUGUAACGGGGGUGAAUACGAGCUGCACGUUCUCUGAGAGAACAAUGAGGCUACUUCUAAUCCUCGGGAGGAUCAUUCCGUUUCCACUGCUCGGAAUCGGUCUGGUUAUAAUUUGUAGCACCUGUGUGCGAGCCGAUGAUGAGGACAUAGGCCCUGCCAGUCAACGUCGCCUUACGUGCAAGCAGGGCCUGCGUCGAUGCCGGCGGAACUUGUACGGUACGAUGGCGGGGGAGGUGUGCGGUACGGACGGCCAUACUUACCCAAGCCGCUGCCUCCUGCUGUACGCGGCAUGCAGACAGCAGCAUGCACGUCCUCUGGGCCGAGGUGAAACCCCCUGGCCCAGCCUGGUGCAUGCUGGAGCAUGUCAGGAUGACGCAUACUACAACAUCCGGAACAAGACAGAUUCAGUGACAAACACAGGCCAGGGUACCGCUUCACCAGGUAGUGAUCGCCCAGCUGGAGCACUGCCGGUUGGUGAGGAAGAGGAGGAUGAGGGGGAGGAUAAGGAUGGGGAAGAAGAUGAGGGGAGAGGAGAUGACUCGAAUGAAGAUGACGAUUCCAGCGAGGAGGAUGAGUCACAGGAGGAAGGUGGAGAAAACGGAGGUGGACCAUCCAAGCCUGCCACCGUACCCUCCACUGUUUCUUCAGCGAUGACAUCAUCACCUCCGGUAACAACAGCUCCCUCAGCCACAGUUUUCCCAAUGCAGCCCGAGCCCACCCAGACGGACCGUACCACUGGUAGGACAAUCCCCGCCCAGACGGAUCCCACAACUGUACCCCCGACAUGUGCCCCCUCCUGCCCUCUGGACAACACCAACCCGGUGUGUGGUACGGACGGUGAGACUUACGGGAGCCGCUGCCUCCUGGAGGCUCACGCUUGCCAGACGGGUGACCGAUCUCUCAUGGUCCUUUACGACGGGCCUUGCAUCGAAGCAGACGCUGUCGUUCCCCUACCCAACCGGGAUCCGACCACCCUACCCUCCCGCUUGGAACCCAAGCCAACCACGGCUGGCCAGCCCGUCCGGGAGCGCCUCUCCUACUGUCCCAGCGAGGCCGAGUGCUCCAUGCUUUACUUGCCCGUGUGCGGCUCCGACGGCACGACGUACUCGUCUUGGUGCCACCUUCGGAUCGUGGCGUGCAGUGCCCCCGGUGAAUCGCUGACCGUCACCCACAUGGGUGAAUGUAUGGACGACACCGUUGCUGGUUGUGGAGAACGUUGUCCGGAUGUUUUUGAACCGGUCUGCGGCAACGACAACAUGACGUACCACAGCCUGUGCAGUCUGCGUCGCAUCUCGUGCGUGCGAGGGGAACCGUUACCUACGGUUCUCCACAACGGGGCGUGUGCUCUCGCACCCUUGGUGUGCCCCACGGCCUGUCCUGGUAUCAACGACCCCGUGUGCGGCACUGACGGUAACUCCUAUCCGUCUCUUUGCGUCAUUCGACUGGUCGCCUGUCGCUCCGCCGACGAACGGGAAAAGCAUCUGCGAAUGUUGUACCGAGGGCAUUGCUUGAACGAACCGUGCCAGAAGAGUUGCCCAGAGAGGGAGUAUGCGCCCGUCUGCGGCUCCAACAAUCGUACUUACCAGAAUGAAUGUUUCUUGUGGUUGGACAUGUGCCGUAACCCCGAUUUGGUGAGGUUUGACAAGGACUGCAACCAUGCUAUCCCGUGAAAAAAAUUGACCUUAAAAAUAUAAACCAAUGAAGAUAGCUGUCACUUAUUAAAUCACCGUUCCCAUGGGGGGGGAUGGAGGUCCUUGCCCCAUGUACCCCCCCCCAAUUUGCAACUUGUACGUGUGUACACAACCAAUACAAGCAUCAGGUUCUCUGCUUUGGAUGCCCCCUGAAAAAAAAUGUGUGCACAAUGUCUGCACCCGUGGUUGCCCCAGAAAUUUACCGUGCUGUGCGACUGCUCCUAGUUCCUAAAAGUAAAAGUUGGCACCUGUGACCAAAGAGCAUCGAAAGUGUUAAGAUGUGACUGAACAUCUAUAAAGACAUGCAACUGUAAAUGUAUGGUUCUUCUUGAUUUGAUGUGUUUCAUGAAGGAUUCAUCGUAAUUAACUUUUGAUCCAAUUGACAAGGGGUCAGUGAGCUCUUAAAUGGUUGAUGUACAUGAAAAGGAUGUCCCUAAUUCCGCAAAGUGUGCCGUACACAGAAAAAUACUCACGCUUUGAACGAACACUGAGAACUAGGUUUCCGGGAUAGGUGAUUGCUAAUAUAAGCCGAGGAAACGUCAGAUUGAUCGCACUGUUUCCUUGCUCUGUGAUUACACCAACUUGGUGCUAAAACCAGACAAGAAUGAACUGUGUAUGUUUAAGUCCAAUUAUUUGUUAAACUUUAUUAAGUUUUUCGUACAUCGGUUCUAUUUCAUAAGGCAAGCGUAUCUUAUUACUGUAAUCUGUUACUGCUGGUCGUUAUCUUGAAUGCUGCAAACUGGUGAGCACGAUUCAAGUUAACAAAACAAUUCAAAUUAAAGUAUAUCAUUUCAAAGUUGUAUUUGAAGAAGUAAUAAUUAAAAUGGAGCAUCCCAAUAUA